CCCGCUGACCGGCCCUGCCCGCUCCGAGCCCGCACCCCCGGCCGCCCCAUGGUGAGUGCGUGGGGGGGGGGGAGCGGGGGUCCGCACUCGGGUGAACGCGGAGCGCUGCGAAACGCUGCGCUUUGCCCCGUCGCUUUUGGAGCCGGGGGGGUUUGGGGCGCGCGGGGGGUGCGGUGCCGGAGGCCGCGAUGCGGGGCGGUGCGGGGCUGAGCCGGAGCGGCGCUGCGGUGCUUUUGCUUUCCGUGCAUCUCUGUGCCGUUGUAAAUGGGAGCGCGGCCGGGCGCCACGGAGCCCACACUGCGCAGCGCUGCGCAUCGCCGUGCCCGGGGAGCGGCCCCGCAAAGCAGCCCCCAGAGCUCGCAUCGCCUCGGGCUGUGCUGUGUCUGCCGGGCGCUGCCGUAAGGAGCCCCAGCGCGGAGCACAUCGGCGCGCUGCCCGCCGGCCCGGCGCGCGGCUGGGAGGGACGGCGGCACUGCGGGGUCGGGCAGCGCUGCGCUGCUCUGAUUUCGUAGGGCGCGGAUGUGGGGUCCCAACGCCGGGCGCGGCCCCGGAGCGCUCCCGGUGUAUCCGUGGGGAUGGAGCUCAGAGCUGCCGCCCCGUUGGCUGUCAGUUGCGGCCGCGUAGCGGAGCGGGAGUUGUUUGGGGACGGGGCCUUUUGCCACCGCUCAGCAUCGUCUGCGUGCAGAGCCCGAAGUGGCGCCCUGGGGGAGCGGGGGGGGAAUGGGGCCCUCCCCGCUGCACGGGAUCUGCAGCCCUUCCCGCUGGGACGCGAGGAUGCUCACCCCGAAGGAGAACAUCGGUGGGACUUUGCUCACUCGGCGGUGGUGUUUGGAGAGGUCUCAUUGUUCUUAGCGGAGAACAAAGGGAUUCUUCCCCCGGGGGGUUCGCUCCCGUAUGGGCGCAGUGCUCGGUGGCCGCGGUCCGUGGGCAGGGAGAUGAGGUGCUGAGCGCCGGGUGUUUGGGGAACCGUGCUGGAUUUGUGCUGGAUUUCAGUGCCGCGGGACCUGGGGAGGUCCCCGUCCUGCUCGGCUGUUGGCAGCUCCAACGCUUUAAGGGCACGUCCGAGCUGCAGUGAGCUCCUGACGUUGCUACCAGCCAUAGCAUGGGAGCUGCUGGACUCUUCCUACCGCCUGUGCUUAAUUAUCUGCAUCAUUAAGGGCUGCUGCUCCUCCAGCUCCGGGCGAUGUGUUAAUAGCCCUCAGUCCCACAGGGAUACGGGUGAUGAGGGAUGCCGGUAGGAAGGAGGGCUGUGCCAGUGGUAGGUGUGCCGGGCAGGGACGGGGCGGUGACCACAGCAUCCAUCCAUCGAAUGGAAGUGCAGAUUUAAGCCCUUACCCAGCGAUGGGAUGACCACGGUGCCUCCUUUGGGUUUUGCCUCUGUGCCUUCUCCGUCCAUCAGAUGGAAGCACACCACUUCAAUGCCUUCACCGGGUGUCCCAUUGUGCCCUCCCUGUGCUCGGUGCUGGUGGCUCCCGGCUGUCCCCACGGCACUGGGAUGUGUCUGUGCAUGCUGCUGUGGGAGCGGACCCACGUGGCCCUGGCUGUGUGACAACGGGAGGAAGUGGUUUUAGUGGUAGCUUCACUCCCCGUUCCUCUUGGGUGCCUCCGGGGAAAGCUGCGUUCCUCGGACUUUUUCUAGGAAACCUACAUCUUCUGGGAGAGGGGAAAAAAGACAGAAACACAGGGCCGGAUCCUACUCAUCCCUGCUGCUUCCAGCUGCCAACCCAUGCGUGUGCUGUGGGUGGGAUUGGAGGUUUGUUCUGAGAAAGCGAAGGGGAAAUGGAUGUGUCCACGUGCUCCGAGCAGAGCGCGCCCCAGAGCUGCGCCAGGUGGGGCGGGCAGCGCUCUGCAUCCCGCAGCUCCGUUCCGUUUGCUCCUUGCUGGCUCCCCGGAGCAGCCCCGAACCUGAGCUCACGCCGUUGGAAUUCCCCGCCGCGCCGCUGGGAGAGGCUCUUCCUGCGAUCACUUCCAGAUGCUGCUCAAACUCCUCCGACCGCUCCUCCUGCAAAAUGUCUCCGGCCACCCCGGGCUGUGGGACCAAACCCGCUCGGGGCAGCUCCUCAUUUCCCCAUCCUGCUGUUAAAGUACAUUUUUGGGGUUUUGCUGAUGGAAAACGCUGCUGUUGGCCUUCUCCAAACCAAGGGUUCUCCAGGGGUGGUUAAGCUGCUAAUAAAACAAUCCUUAAUUGUGGCCAUCGUAAAGAGCUUAUCCCCCUGGCCGGCGUUCAGCUCGCUGUUGCUUUGCUUUAUGCUCCUUCCUGGAUCUCCCUGCCCGUUUCCAUUGGGUUGGGUGCUCAGCAGUGGUUGUAGGGCACGGGAUGCUGGGGACCCACAGCAUCCGGUUCCUGCACACGCGGCCUGCCCAGGCCCAGGGAGGUGGUUGGUUAUUUACCUUGCUCCUCCGUCCGUCGGGUGUCCUCGGACCUUUGCUGGGUGCCCACAGCCCUUCGUGCUUGUGGGACUGGGAGCGCUCCCCUCCCUGAAGAACCAGAAAGGUCCAUUUGAUGACAGCAGCGGUUGGUGCUGACGCCACGCGCAGCUCAGAGCUGAUCUGGGGCUGAUGUGGGGCAAUGCUGGCUGUUGGGUGAUGCAGUGCUGUCACGGUGUGGGAGCACUGCACCCUCCCACAGCAACUUCCUGUUUCUCUUUCUCCUUGGUGGUGCCUUUUUGGAUCUUGUGGCCAGGAAGUGGCCCUGCUGCUCUCCUGAAAGCGACUCGAUUCGCCAUGAGGACAGAGAGCGCCUUCCAGGAGCAGCCCGCCCUGAUCGAGCCGGGGAGGAACGAAUGGUCAAUGAAUUAAAGAUGGGCGGAAAAUGAGCAAAGGGAAACGCAGCCACCAGCGGGACGGAGGAAUUGAGGAUGGCCCCAUAGCCCCGCAGCCCCCGGAGCUGCUGCCCCCUCUGCUCGCACCGCGUGGAAGAACUGUGAGCGGCAGUGGCUGCGAUGAGAGCUCCGGCCCUCGGCUGAUGCCUGCCCUGCUGAUAAAGAUGAUCAAUAAGUCCCGAGGGAAGAUACUGGGAGUGCUGGCGCUGUUUCUGGUCAUGGUGUGGUACUCGAUAUACCGGGAGGACAGCUUUUAUUUUCCUGUGCAAGAAAACAAGACCGUAUGUCCCAUUGGGGAGGUGGAGAGGAAGGCAGCACAGCUCAUCGGGAACUACACGAGGGACCGCCCGCUCUUCCUGCAGCUGAAGGAUUACUUCUGGGUGAGGACGCCGUCGCUCUAUGAGCUGCCCUACGGCAUCAAAGGCAGCGAGGAUGUCCUCCUGCGCCUGCUGUCGGUCACCAGUUACUCACUGCCUGAGAGCAUCCAGAGCCUGAAGUGUCGGAGGUGCGUGGUGGUGGGCAACGGGCACCGGCUCCGCAACAGCUCCAUGGGGGACACCAUCAACACCUACGACGUGGUGAUCAGGCUGAACAACGCGCCGGUGCACGGCUAUGAGCAGGACGUGGGCUCCAAGACCACCAUGCGGCUCUUCUACCCCGAGUCAGCCCAUUUUGACCCCCAGGCAGAGAACAAUCCGAACACGCUGCUGGUGCUGGUGCCCUUCAAGCCCGUGGACUUCCAGUGGAUGGAGGCCAUCCUCAGCGACAGGAAGAGGGUUCGUAAAGGGUUUUGGAAGCAGCCCCCACUGAUCUGGGAUGCCAACCCGGAGCAAGUGCGCAUCCUCAACCCGUACUACAUGGAAGUAACUGCUGCUAAACUGCUCAGCCUCCCCAUGAAGCAGCCAAGGAAGGUCAAACAGAAACCAACCACGGGGCUGUUGGCCAUCACCUUGGCUCUCCACUUCUGCGACCUGGUGCACAUUGCAGGCUUUGGGUACCCUGACUCGGCCAACAAGAAGCAAACCAUCCACUACUAUGAGCAGAUCACACUCAAGUCCAUGGCUGCCUCGGAGCACAACAUCUCACAUGAGGCGGUGGCCAUCAAGCGCAUGCUGGAGCUGGGCCUGGUCAAGAACCUCACCUACUUCUGAGGGCAAUGGGGCUGCGCAGGAACACGUCCCCACCUCGGAGCCCGCAGUGGUCCUGGAGGAGCCGGUGUCACUGAGCUCCCCACCAUGCUGGUGGCAGUAUGGGGGCCAUGCCAGCUUGCUGACCCCGGGGGUGCAGGGAGCCCCUUAAUGGGGACUUUUCAUAUGGAAACACUGAAACUAGUGAGGACCUGGGAGGGAUUCUGGGGAGGAUGGAGGGGACCUUCCCCCAGCAGGUCUGGGGGGCCACGGCAGGGUGCACUGGAGCCCCUCUCUUCCCUUGGAUACUCUUGCAUUUGGGAUGAGGAAUCUGAGGAGGGGCUGAUGUGGGGGUCCUGGGGUAGUCCUCUGUGGGUAGGAGGCAGAGUCGCAGCCUCCUCCCAGCUGAGCACCCCAAAUAUUUAAUUCCUCCCUUCUCCCCCCCCCUCCUUUUUUUUAUUUUCUUUUUACAUGUUGGCCCAGCCCCAUGCCUUAGUGCUGGUGUGGGGGGUCAGCCCUGCAGCAUCCCUGGGUGGCCCACGGGGGGUGUGGGGGCGACACAGUGGUGCAGAUUAAUUUAAUUAAUUUAAAAGAUUAUUUAUCAUGGGGCCUCCCCCCCUCUGUGGCCUUGUGCAGGGGGGGCUUUUGGCUCUGGGGGUGCUGGGAGGGCUCCCUCCUCCCCAAAGGUGCCUUUUGUCCCACCAUGGGCGCCUUGCUCACAUGGGAUCCUGCAUCCCCCAGGAUUUGGGGAAGGGGGGCCAUGGGACCCAUGGACCUUGGGGUGUUGGGGGGCUCCUGCUGGCACCCAAUAAAGGUCCUGGUGCGUCUGG